AUGCCAAAAAGGAGUGGCGGUGGAUAUUCAGAACCUAGUAAUUGUUUGCUAGCUUUCUUUGAAAUAAAUGAUUUUAUGGGUUGGAAAUUAAACAGUUUGUACGCAAUGACUCGAUCUUCAAGAAAAAUUCAUUCUUCAUCAUCUAUCAAGUGCGAUGGUGCUAGUGUUUAUAACCAUUCAGUGAAAUCACCUCCUCCAACUGCUCUGUCCAGCGAAACUUCCAUUGCAUGUGACUCUUUAAUUAAUAUAGUGGACUUAAGCCGAUGCGCAUCACAAAUUCGGAACCAAGCGAAGGAUACAAAAUUAAAUACCGUAGAUAUGCUGCAUGGUGAUGAAAUCAAGACAAACAAUUUCGUGAAUAUGUAA